CGGGCCAGCUGUUUCCACGUUUCCAGUCUUUAUUCUACGAGGAGCGAAAACCAGCCGCUGGCUACGGCCCCGUAGCUGCACGCGGAUGUUCGCUAUCAAUCUUCUCGUCUGCCUCUCGGCAAGACAACAAAAUCUCUCUAAACUUUUCCUUGAACGUGCUCCAGUAGCCCACUUGAAGGCCCGCUCGCACCGCUACCUGACUACUACGAUGUCAGCACGGCGUCGAGAUACUCACGAGGCUUGAAAGGAGGACGCCGAGGCGUACGGGAAGUCCUUGAAGGCAGCACUACUUUUUCGUCGGCGCUUUCCACUGAACAGUUAAAGUCUCUGCCGGCCGCCCUUCUCCUCCUCCUCCCACUCCGCCGGAGCAAUAUAAACAUUUCUGUACGGCGAGGAUACUCCCCAACUGUCCGCGCUUGAUAGGACACCUACAGGAACACUACCGGGAUUCAAGUAGCAAUAAUUAAAAAAAAUAAAUAAAUAAAAAAAAAAAGAACAGAGAGGGAGAGAGAUGGCAAAAGCCGACAGCCAAAGUUCAAGUUUCCCUGAGAUAGUGGAGCUGAACGUGGGGGGGCAGGUGUACGUGACCCGACUCGAAACUCUCACGGCGGUCCCCAACUCUCUCCUGUGGGCCAAGUUCGGCCAGAGCUCCGCGGGCGACCUGCCCAAAGACAGCAAGGGCCGCUUCUUCUUCGACCGGGACGGCUUUCUGUUCCGCUACAUUCUGGAUUACUUGCGGGACUCCGAGCUUUUCCUGCCCGAGCUCUUCAAAGAGAGGAGGAGGCUGCAGAGAGAGGCGGACUUCUUCCAGCUGCCGGAGCUGUCGAGGCGCCUGGCGGCGGCCGGCAACGACAGCGCGCACACGGAGGACGGCGGGGAGCCGGAGGAGGCUGAGCUCCGCAGCCCGGCCAGCUCUCCCGCGGACCGGGCCCAGCGCUCCCCCGGGGCCGACUCCGGCUACGUCACCAUCGGGUACAGAGGCAGCUACACCAUCGGGAGGGACAUCCAGUCGGACGCCAAAUUCCGCAGGGUCGCCAGAAUAACAGUCUGCAGCAAGAUCUCUCUGGCCAAGGAGGUUUUUGGGGAAACCCUGAACGAGAGCCGCGACCCGGACCGGCCGCCGGACAAGUACACCUCCAGGUAUUACCUCAAGUACAACUUUCUGGAGCAGGCGUUCGACCGGCUGGCCGAGGCUGGCUUCCGCAUGGUGGCGUGCAGCUCCACUGGGACCUGCUCGUACGGCAGCAACGACCCGGGGGACGACAAACUGUGGACCAGCUACAACGAGUACGUGUUCUGCCGAUGAGCGGAGCCGAACCUGCUCCCUGGGUGCAGGGGUACAUCCGUCAUCGCGACGCACCGCGACGGAGGCCGGGAGCAAUCAUCGGAGAACACGGUCUCUUGCAUUAAUUGACAGCCCGGACGAGCAGUUUCAGCCCUAGUCUAGUUUCAGUUUCUCCUGUUUUCGCCCCUCUCUGCGCCGCGCUUCGGGGUCAAGCUGCAGCCAGGCUGAACUUUUCUGCCACUUGAGGAGAGCUGAGCUCCGCACCCGAACAUACAUCCCAUUGGCUACUGAGGGGAUUCACUGAUGUAUAUCCUUACCUGGGCGGUUUUAGUUGCCGAUCUGGCCUCGCGUCCUUUGUUGAUUUGUCCCUGAGUAAAUGACACAAAUGGUCACCCAGUUUGGCAGAAAUUUUAGGAGCUGGUUCCUUUUUGAUCCCCGCUGAGCUCUGCUUGCAUUGUCAUGUUACUGUCGAGAAGCUACUGAUGUUCUGAACACCUUAACUGGGACACAUGUAAGGCAAAUACCCCGAUACACCUUCUGUGUUCCUCUCAUGAUUUUCCAGUCAUUAAUUUUGGCAGGUGGUGGAUAAGGAAGACGGUAAAUUGUUUCUUUGAAAUGAUCAUUUUUAUAAUUUUUUUUUUUUUAAUUUGAAUAUAUUGACCACACAUACAGAAUCACUGCUUUCAGGAUUACACAUUCGAACUUUGUCACAAUGCUGCCUUGUUAUGUGCCAUCUAUGAACUGUUGUCAUAGUGUUUUCUUCAGAUAUCAAGCUACGGCAAAUAAAGUGAAACACUAUCCACCUCGUCGUCCCCUUGAGUUCACUGUAACUAUUUAAGAUCUGUGUGUUCUUCAAAUACACUUA